AUGAUCUUGCAAUCUAAGCCCGUGCUCUCCGAACGCGCAAUCGGGCGCGCGCUCUCUCAGCUAACCAGCAAAUACCUUAAACAUCGCAAAACAAUAUCCCGUGGCGUCUAUUUGACUCUUUUCCUUGCCCUCAUCAAGCGUGUCCACAAUGCUAUUUCGGAACAGAAAGCGUCCCAGCGACAGGCGGAGAUUCGGGAGUGGCCGAUGACCCGGAGUUAUGAUAGAGAUGCAUCUGGCGGCACAGAGGGCGUGCCACGGAAAAAGAUAGGCUUAAACAGGGAGUUCCUGAGAAAUUUGGCGCGAUUGCUCAGAAUUGUGAUUCCGGGAUGGAAGAGCAAAGAGUUUAGACUCCUGCUCAGUCAUUCGGUCUUCCUUGUGCUCCGGACUCUUCUAAGUCUCUACGUCGCCGAACUUGAUGGAAAACUUGUCAGUAGCUUGGUCAGGGGCAAAGGAAGGGAAUUCCUACUGGGUCUGGUCUGGUGGAUGAUGGUGGCGGUUCCCGCAACAUUCACAAACUCCAUGCUAUCGUAUCACCAGUGCCAGCUUGCCUUGCAAUACAGAAAACGCCUAACCGAGUAUGUUCAAAAUGAGUACCUAACUAAUAUGACAUUUUACACAAUUUCAGCGCUUGAUGAUCGAAUAAAAAAUCCGGAUCAGCUUAUCACGGUCGAUAUAGCACGAUUUUCAAACAGCCUUGCAGAGCUAUACUCGAAUCUAGCAAAACCAAUCCUCGAUAUGGCUAUAUAUAACUAUUCCCUCUCAAAGAGCGUUGGUGGAGAAGGCCUUUUUAUUAUGUCGCUUCUCGUCCAAUUAUCCGCCAAUGUUAUGCGAGCUCUUACACCACCAUUCGGCAAAUACGUUGCCGAUGAGGCGAAGCUCGAAGGAGAAUUCCGUUUCCAACACACGCGAUUGAUUGAUUAUAGCGAGGAAAUCGCCUUGUAUCAUGGUCAUGAAUCGGAAAAAGACACCUUAGACAAGGGAUACUUUACCUUAAUAAAGCAUGUUAACCGUAUUUUACGGAGGAGGUUGUAUCACGGAUUCAUGGAGGAUUUCGUUAUAAAGUAUUUCUGGGGUGCCUUGGGCUUGAUACUCUGCAGUUUUCCCGUGUUUUUCAAAAUCCCUGGCCAGGUUUCGUCUACUAUGGGCGACCGAACUGAAAGUUUCGUCACGAACCGCCGAAUGCUCCUUUCGUCCUCCGAUGCAUUUGGCCGCGUAAUGUUCUCCUAUAAAGAGAUCUCUCAGUUAGCCGGCCACACCACUCGUGUCACUUCCCUUCUCGAGGUUAUCGACGAUAUAUCAAAAGGCAGGUUCGAAAAGAAGCUUGUUUCUUCCGCAUCAAUCGAAGGUCAUGCUGCUGUGCUAAGCAAACGGGGUACGAUCUCUGAAAGUGACUCAAUUGAAUUUACCGACGUCCCUAUCGUUUCACCCAAUGGUGACAUUCUUGUUGAGAAGCUCUCUUUCUCAGUCCACCCAGGUGAACAUCUACUUAUUGUUGGGCCGAACGGGUGUGGUAAAUCAUCUUUGUUCCGCAUCCUAGGUGGUUUGUGGCCUGUAUAUGGAGGGACUGUUAAAAAGCCAACAUUCGAUCAAAUUUUCUAUAUACCCCAGCGCCCGUACUUGUCCCGCGGCACCUUACGUCAACAGGUUAUCUAUCCUGAUGGCAUGAAAGAAAUGCAUGAAAAAGGAACAACCGAUGCUGACCUUUAUGAUAUCUUGUCCAUCCUCGAAAUCUCAUCUAUUGUCGAUAGACCAGGUGGUUGGGAUGCUGAAGAAGAAUGGCGUGACGUGCUUUCAGGCGGUAUGCAGCAGCGAAUUGCAAUGGCCCGACUGUUCUAUCAUAAGCCAAAAUAUGCUAUUCUAGACGAGUGCACGUCAUCUGUCACGCUUGAGAUUGAGAAGGUGAUGUACGAAACGGCGAAGAGAUUGGGAGUUACGUUGAUGACUGUGUCGCAUCGACGGAGCUUGUGGAAGUACCAUAAGAAGAUCCUGCAGUUCGAUGGACAAGGUCAUUACGUUUUUACGGGCUUGGAUUGGGAGAAAAGACUAAAACUUGAAGAUGAGAAGGAAGAGAUUGACCUUGAACUCCGCGCGAUCCCAGAGAUAGAGAAAAGAAUUGCAGAACUCACGACAGCAUGAUAGUAUUACGAGCCUGGCCCAUCCUGUGGGCGUUCUCACUACCUAUCAUCGGCGCUACUUGUAGAGGACUCCCUGUUGCAAUGAUAUGGAUGGCAGGAAGCGAAGAAACCAAGUUUUACCAUUAAUAAGAAACAUA